GGACAAUAAACCAGUGGCCGAGAGCAUCCAAAGACGGAAAGGCCGGAGUAAAACCAGCAGCCCAUCUCAUGAUGACGGUGCAAGAUCUGACGGGGAUCCACCAAAUCUACGGUAAGCAGUACACCAUUGGUAACUGGAUCCACAAUGAUGACCUGGCGUUUACCUACCACACCACCUACAGACACGGCCGAAUUGUUAUACCUGAGGAUGGUUUUUACUUUGUGUACAGCCAAAUCUCUUUCAUGGAAGUCUUCGACGUUCAGCACAAUGACGGCUACGGCAGUCGAGGCAGCUCCGAGUUUCCCAGCUUGUCUCAUUAUUUAUACAGGUACAACAUCCAGUAUCACAACGGAGGCGAGGAGAAGCUGGCUCAAAACUCCAUCACCAAAUGCUGGGGUCAGAGCAAAACCUUCGGGGAGUACACAAGCAACCUGGGAGCCGUUUUCUACCUGAGGACUGCCGAUGAGAUCUUCAUUAAAGUCUCCAAUAUCAGCAUGGUGGCUACUGACCCGAAGCUCAGCUACUUUGGGCUGUUCCGGAUAUAA